AUGUAUAUCCACUGGUCUCACCAUUACCUUCCAAAAUUGUUUGGAAUUUUGUCAUUCGUGUGUAAUCCAAUUUUCAUUUGCUUGAUAGCCACCGAAAAGAAGGCUUCGAUCGGGAAGUAUCGAUAUCUUUUGAUAGGGUUUGCAAUUUUUGAUAUGGCUUACUCAACUGUAGAGCUAAUCGUUCCCGUAGCAAUUCAUGGUACUGGGGCAGCUUUUGUGAUUUACCUAGCUGACGGACCAUUUUUUGGGACUGGGAAGCUUGGCCAACUAGCUGUCUCAAUUCGAUGUGGGUGUAUUUCUCUUUCAUAUGGAAUCCUUGUCAUUCACUUUAUCUAUCGGUAUCUUGUGCUAUUUAACACCCGAAUAAUCGAUCGACUUCUCCGGCCGUCCGGGCUAUUUGGUCUCUUUGUAUUUUUUGUUUUUCACGGAAUAGCUUGGAGUUCUGUCUGCGAGAUGUGUCUCUAUGGAGAUCAAGAAGUGUUCGACUACAUCUAUGACGCUUUUCAAAAAGAUUACCAUGUGGAUUCACAUGAUUUAUCCAUGCUAAUGGCAUUGUUUUUCGAUGCAAGUCCCGAGAUCAAAAGAAGAAGCUGGAUUGGAAUUCUGCUGCUGACUGGAAUUUCGAUAUAUGCAAUUUCUCUAUACGUUAUUCUUGGAUGGAAGAUUAUGAAAAAGCUGGCGGAUAAUCCAGGGGUUUCUGCAACGACUCAGAAAUUGCAUAGACAGUUAUUCAAAGCCCUUGCAGUUCAGACUUUCAUCCCGAUCUGCAUCAGCUUCUCCCCUUGCAUGAUGGCCUGGUACGGUCCUGUAAUCGGAUUGGAUCUCGGAAUGUGGAACAAUUAUUUGGGCGUCAUUGCACUGUCAGCGUUCCCUGUUCUAGAUCCACUUGCUAUCAUUUUCCUCCUACCCAACUACCGGAACAAGCUUUUUCGCACUGUGAAAAUGCCAAUCAAAUACUUUUAUUCUGGAACAUCGACUGUCCGACCCAACGUGGAUAAUUCAGCUCAAGUUUAUUGA